GGAUUUCAACACUCGGGGAAUUCCCGUUGUACGCAAUAAUAACCAUGUUACUUUGCGUUUCGUUUCACAUUCGGCCAAACUGAGUUCAUUUGUAACGGGUCCUCCGUCCAUCGUACACGUAUGUUAAUCAGUCUUACUUAAGUAUAACCAUUUAGACCAACGGCAACAGUCCCUUUAGCUUUGGGAGCCAUUGGCAUUAGGUCCAAUGGCUUCAUUUAACCAGCAACAGAAAACAUCUGUUUACGUUCGCGCUCCCCCAUUCGGAUCUGAUGCUCAGCGGUCCGCCUUCUGUGACAAAUUGUGGAUCUAUUUCCAGAAGAAACGAGUGAGUAACGACAGCGACGUACAGGAUGUGUGUGUCCUGUCCUCUGACGAUGAGGCACUAUGGCUGAAGGUUACGUUCAACGAACCGUCUGGCGUUGACGCCGCUUUAGCUACAGAGAACCACGAGCUGACCAUCGAGCACGAAACUAUUCCUCUUCACGUUCAGUCAUUUUUCCCGAGUCCAGGGUUCACAGCACCACCCGAAUCGGAUUCCGAUAUUGAGGUUAUAAAUUGGGACAAAUUACACAUACAGGACGAUGAAUCUGGAGCAAGUGCGGGCGAGGCUUGGCGUGCCGAGGGUAGACCUGGUCGCUCCCCGUCAUCUCGGCACGAGGGCAACCCUUUUGAUAGGGCAGCCGACUGGAAGUCGCAUCAUGCCGGCUCCCAUGAAACAGCGACCUAUACACCUCUUGAAGCUGAAGACUACGUUCCUACUUGUUUAGCGUAUUCUCAGGCGCAUUCACCUAUGCCACCAGUUACUGCGCCUCCAUCUACGACACCUGCGAUGGCGCAAUCAUUUGCAGCUUCUCAACUGAUAUCAGGCAUACCUUCAAUGGCAUCCCCUGCUGUGCCUUCGACUGCACCUAGUGUACCUCCCCCAGUGACCUUUACAACGCAUCCUAACUCAUUAUCUACCAAUAAAAUGGUUGCUUCAGCUGUGUGGGAUUAUCAGACUCCUAUGAAUGAGAUCUUGAGUUCCUCCCAACAGAAAACCCAAAGUCAAGGUGUAUCACAGACGUCCAACCUUGGUGCCAGCUACAACACCAACGCCGGCCCCGACUCACAGUUAAGUUUUACACCAAGUCAUCAAACACCAAGCACAGUGGCAAGUAUUUGGAGUAUGACCCCGGUAGCUGCUGAUGUUGAGCAGGGGCUUUGGUCUGAUUUUGUUCCCAGCAACCCCUGGCGCUACCCAACUACCCAACCUCCACCAGGCUUCCGGUACCCAACUGCAGGUCUGGGUAGAGGCUUCUCUCCGAGAGGUAGUACUGGCCCACAACACUACCGCAUGGCUAGUAUCCAACCCUCUCAAAUACGCGGAUUCCCCCUCGUACUUCCAACCCAGUUUGAUAAGUCCGAGGCUCCUGGCCUUCUUGAUGGCAACUCCGCAAGGGACAAGACUGCACCUUCCGCUCGUCAGAUGGGUCUACGUGAUAGGGUUCCAGGCACCGCUGUUCGUACAACUGCUACCAGUGAAGAAACCUCCGUUCCCGUAGAAGAGGAGGAGAAACAGGGUGACAAAGGCGAGGAAAAGGAGGGGGUUCAGUUAGUUGAAGUGACCGGUUUCAAAUCCACCACAUCGGAAGAUAUGCUGCAGAUGUAUUUUGAGAGUCCACGAAGAUCUAAAGGCGGCGAAAUAGAAACGUGGGAGAUGGACGCCAAAACCAGAACCAUCCGAAUUAAAUACAGCGACCCAUCAGUUGCAAGAGCAGUGGCGGAGAAAACUCACAAAUUGGAAGACCUAAAUUUGAAGGUGCGGCUAGUUUUAGAGGCAGAAGAGGAGGAGAAACAGGACGACCACGGUGAGGAAGAGGAGGGGGCUCAGUUAGUUGAAGUGACCGGUUUCAAAUCCACCACACCGGAAGAUAUGCUGCAGAUGUAUUUUGAGAGUCCACGAAGAUCUAAAGGCGGCGAAAUAGAAACGUGGGAGAUGAACGCCAAAACCAGGACCAUCCGAAUUAAAUACAGCGACCCAUCAGUUGCAAGAGCAGUGGCGGAGAAAACUCACAAAUUGGAAGGCCUAAAUUUGAAGGUGCGGCUGAUUUUAGAGGCAGAAGAGGAGGAGAAACAGGAUGACCAAGCCGAGGAAGAUGAGGGGGUUCAUUUAGUUGAAGUGACCGGUUUGAAAUCCACCACAUCGGAGGAAAUGCUGCGGCUGUAUUUUGAGAAUCCUCGUAAAUCUAAAGGCGGCAAAAUAGUAACGUGGGAGAUGGACACCAGAACAAAGACCAUCCGAAUUAAAUACAGCGACCCAUCAGUUGCAAGAGCAGUGACGGAAAAAACUCACAAACUGAAAGGUGUAAAUUUGAAGGUGCGGCUGAUUUUGGAUACAGAAGAGGAAAAACAGGAUGACCAAAGCGGGGAAGAGGAGGGGGUUCAGUUAGUUGAAGUGACCGGUUUCAAACCCACGACAUCGGAGGAAAUGCUGCAGAUGUAUUUUGAGAGUCGUAAAUCUAAAGGCGGUGAAAUAGAAACGUGGGAGAUGGACGCCAAAACCGGGGCCAUCCGAAUUGAAUACAGCGACCCAUCAGUUGCAAGAGCAGUGACGGGGAAAACCCACAAGCUCGAAGGCGUAAAUCUGACGGUGAGCCUGAUUGUCAAGAGAAAACCCCGCCCUCGUCCGGUCAAGAAGCGAUGCUUGUUUCUCAGAGGGAUCCCCGACGGGUGCAAUGCAGAGCAUGUGGAGCUUUACAUUGAGAAUUGCUCUGGCAUGGAUGAGCCAAUUGUUCAGUACGGGGAGAAUCCCGGAACAGCAUUGUGUACAUUCAAACAAGACAUCCCAGACUUACAAAAAGUCAUACGGAAGAUUCGCUCAAAGAAGCUACAAAAAGCCCAGGUGACAGCUGAAGUGAUGCACGAGUCUGACUGUAUCCUGGUGCAAGGAUUGACAAACAAAACGUCUUUGGAGUUAAUCGAGCUGUAUUUUGACAACAAAAAGAAGAGUGGUGGCGGCGGUGUGAGAGAAGUACUGCCAGGAAGUGCAGAGGACCAGGCAAUUGUGUUCUUUGAAGACUGGAGAGUUGUUGCUGAUGUAUUGUCCAAGAAAGGACCUCACAAGGUGGGCAGCAUUGAAGUGUCGGUUGAAGAAUACCAUGACUGCUUGGGAAGACUGAGUGAAUUAGAUGUUCCAUCGCCACACACCCCUAAGCCAAUAUCUAUGCAGGUACCUCAGGACAUAAUGGAAUUCAUCUUUGGAGCAAAGGGCAAACACACAAAGAAGAAGCUGGUUGAAGAGUUGAAGAAGGUGAGAGCCCUCCUACGCUGGCCCGAUGGCGACAAGAAGACGGCCGCUAGACUCGAACCCCUAGAGGAGGACGGGCAGCCUCAGUCUUCUUGGCUCAACUGGUCUCAAUUCUGCAACGAGGUUUUGACAGGCUUUUUGAAUAGAUGCAAAUCAAAUGCAGUUAAUGUCCCGAGUCCGUUGUGGAAAGAAGCAAGUGCCAAACUGGCAAAGAUCAAUGCCACUCAGAUCUGCUCAGUCCUGGAUGAUCAGACUCACUCAGUACAACUAGUGGGGGAGCAACAAGAUGUAGACGCAGUAGCAGCUGACAUCCUGGUUGUCAUUAAGGAGUUGCAAGCAAAGGCUGCUAGUGAUGCACAGCAAACAAAGGAGGAGAUUGCCAUGCCACCAGAUAAGCUUAAGCUUUUCACCCAGUGCGGUAUUCGCCGUAAAAUGGAAAAGAUGUUCCCAGACCUGAAAAUCACUAUCUCGCCUUUUCAAGGGCAAAUGGGGCUAAUCGUGGAAGGAACGAAGAAGAAAGUCGUGGAGGCAGAAUUAUGGAUGAGAAGACAAAUGGAUGAACUGAACAGUGUGGAGUUUAAAACUGGGAUGGGCAAAACGGCGUUCAUUCGCGAUGUUUCCGACAAAAUUCACGAGAUAUUAGGGUCAAAGGAUAUCAACGCUGCUUGCAACAUUUCUCCAGAAGGCAAGAUCAAGAUAUAUGGGUCCAGCAAAAAUGAUACAUCUCUGGCUAAAAUGUAUAUUGAUCAGGAAAUAGAAGAGGAUGUGAUUCGCAUCAAUGGGCCUGCCGUGAUAGCUGUUCUGAAAAGCCAAGAUGGAACACGGCUAGUUGCAGGCAUCAACAAAAAGAAAUUUGUUAAGGCUGACAUCAACUAUCAGUCAGGAAAUAUAGAGCUUGCUGGAUUCCGGAACGAGUUGAAAGAAACCAAGCAGCACAUUCUGGCAUUUCUGAAGGAUACUGUCAAAGGGAAGGGUACCAUCCGCACUAAAAGAAGCAAAGUUCGUCUGAUCACCUCGUUCCACGGCCAGGAACUGAUGGGUUUUACAGCCAAACACCAGAGAGACCACGUCAUCAUUCAGCCACAAAUGAGCGGACGCAACGUGGGGUUUCUUGUCGAGGGAAACGCAGAAGGUCUGGAUGCUGCCAGUCAGUUCGUAAGCCAGCUUGUGGCUAGAAUCAAGGAGAAACCAUAUCCUGUCUCAAAGAUUGGCAUGGUUCAGCUUUUCCGUGAAACUAAAGGAAAGAAGUUUCUGGAAUCCGUCGAGAAGGAGCUCGAGUGUGUGAUCGACGUGAUUGGAGAAAACGAAAACGAUGACGAGGAUGUGGAAGGUGCAGAAGGUGCUACCGCAAGUCCACUUCAGUCCGGAGCCACAGAGGUGCUUUGUAGAGUCACUCUUCGUGGUGGCUGCACUUUGAGGGUGUGCAAAGGAGACUUGACUAAGCAGAAGGUUGAUUGUAUUGUAAAUGCUGCAAACGUGGAUCUGAAACACAUUGGAGGAUUAGCAGCUGCUAUCCUUCAAGCUGGCGGGCAAAUAAUUCAGACAGAGAGUGAUCAGAUACUGAAGAAGAAGGGUCGGAAGUUAUAUGAAGCAGAGCCCGUUUGCACUUCUAGUGGCAGCCUACCCUGCAAGAAAGUCAUCCACAUUGCUGGACCACGGUGGCCGUUUUGGAAAAGAACCACGCCGAUGCUGGACGACCAACCCAUCACCCACGAAGAGCAUCUCCUCUUUGACGGCGUCGCCAAAUGCCUUCAGCUGGCAAAUAAGCUGAAGUUGCAGUCCAUCGCCAUCCCUGCCAUCAGCACGGGCGUGUACGGCUUUCCCCCGAAGCUUGCCGCCGUCCAGAUUGUGAACGCGGUGGUCGAGUUUAGCCAAAAAGUGCCCGACACCAGUCUGACGGAGAUAAGUUUGACCAACCACGACCAAGCAACUUGUGAUGUGAUGAAACAAGUCACAAUGGAUCAGUUGGGACAUCUUUUGGAGGAGGAACCUUCUCUCGAUGUUACAGCAGGUGCGCCUGGAGUCUGGAUGCCUGAUGAUGAACCGGCUAUAGUACCGCCAACAUUUACUUCUUCUGGGCCAAACAUCCUGACAACAAAUGAAGGCGUUAACAUUACCCUGAAGAAAGGGAGCAUCACUGAGGAAAAAGCUGAUGUUAUUGUGAAUACAUCUAGCAAUGACUUGAAGCUGAGUGUCGGCUUGGUGUCACAGGCAAUACUGCAAGCUGCAGGGCCUGCUCUCCAGCAAGAAUGUGACACGGCGAUUGCAGCUCGUGGCAAGGUACCCUCGGGUUCCUUCGUAGAAACCGGGGCAGCCGCUAUGACCAACUGCAAAAAAAUCUUUCACUGCGUCAUCGACCGAUAUAACUCGAACACGUCCGAAAAGACUUUGGGUGCCCUUGUCGAAAAUUUAGUGGAACGUGCCGAAAUCAUAGAAGUGUUUUCCCUAGCAAUACCAGCCCUGGGCACGGGCAACCUGGGUUACCCAGCUGACGUCACUGCUCGGGUCAUGUACGAAGCUGUGGCAGCAUUCAGCAGCAAGCAUCCCAACGGUGUUCUGAAGGACAUUCGAUUCGUGGUGUACGACAAGGACAUGAAAACUAUUAAGGGCUUCGAGGAUGAAAUCAAACGCCUGACAACAGUGGCUUCUGGAGGAACUGCACCAGCUAUCACUCAAAGGAAAUUGAGAAAAUCAAUCUCGACAUCAGCUGCCUCGGACCGGCACUCGUACUCACAGAUAAAGAAAGACACGGCCGGAACGUUGCAGGCCAAAAUCGGUCCAGUGUGUCUGCAGAUCUGCCAGGGGGAUCUCGUGAAAGAAACAAGCAGUGCCAUCGUGAACAGCGUGGGAGAGAAGUUGGAUCUGCAAGGUCCUGUGUCUGGCGCACUCCUGGCUAAGGGUGGAAAUAAAAUUAAGAAGGAAUGCGAUGCUCUCCGUAAAAAGGAUGCAACGCAGUCGGUUUAUGUCACAAAGGCUGGGAAAUUGCAAUGCGACUUCAUUUUUCAUGUUGUCACGCCCAAGACCCCCGAGGAGAUUAAGAUUAUCGUAACUAAGACUCUCCAGGAAGCAGAAGGAAAACAAGUCAAAUCCAUCUCCUUCCCCGCGCUUGGAACAGGCCCACAGGCACGACAAGCAGUUGGUCCUUCGGCCAGCGCCAUGCUGGCCGCCAUUGGAGAGUUUGUAUGUCGAGAGAAGCCUCGUCACCUGCUCUUCGUUCGCCUUGUCAUCUUCAAACCAGAAAUGCUCCCUGACUUCGAGACUGCAUUGAGACAGGAAGAGGGUCGCUCGUACAAGAAACAAGCUAGCUUGUUCUCCAGGGGCUUAGGCUUAGCAAAAUCGUUCCUACUUGGGGCCGCUGCUGAUGACACGUCCGACGAUGAGUCCCAACGAGAAACGAUCCUCCUUCACAUCUGCGCCAUGGAUGACGUCAUCAUACAGAGAGCAACAGACAAGAUCGAUAGAUAUCAAGACGAGGAGUUCACAUCGGAGGAUAUGCCAGAUUCCCUUGGAAUGAUUGCAAAAAUGACGGAAGAGCACCAUGCUGAACUCCGAAACAUUGAACGGAAGAACAAUGUGCUAAUAGAAGUUUCAAAAGGUCAUGCCAAGUUCUUCCGUGUGCAGGGCCUUACAAUCAAUGUGAAAGAAGCGAGAUUCAGCAUCCAGGAGUUGUUCACGAGAAUGCAGGUCCAGGAGACCAAAAAACAACAUAGUGAGCAUUUGACGAAAGAAGUGCAGUGGAAGUACAGCACACCGACUGGUGUGGAAGACUACGAAGCCGAGAUUAAUGUUAUCAUAGAGGACGCCUACCAAAGGAAACAGCCGUCGGUUUUCCUCGAUCUGGAAGAAGGGCGGGUUACCAUUGACUUCAGUAAAAUGCAGGAACUGUCAAGGGCUGGUGCUCUCAGCGUAAAUCGUGUUGACCUUCAGCAAGCUGCUAAAUUUGAGACACCGAGCAACUGGAUACCCAUGAAAAAGGGCGAGCACUUCCAGCUAGUGAAACUAGCUGCAGGAACCCAGGAAUACACGGAUGUCGAAACACGAUUCCGAUCUUCCAUGGGUACCCAGGCCCCCAUCAGCCAAAUCGACGAGAUACUACGAAUCCAGAACCAAGGCCAGAUGAUGCAGUAUCAUGCCCGUAAGGCAGCGCUAGAGGCUCGUCUUGGUCGUACCGACAUUGAGGAGACGUUGUACCAUGGAACCGAUGAGCAAACGUGUGACCAGAUCAACAAGUUUGGAUUCAACCGCAGCUUUUGCGGUAAAAAUGCAACUGUGCACGGCAACGGGACCUAUUUCGCGGCCGAAGCUAGCUUCUCGGCUAGAUCCAUCUACGCUAAACCGAACGCCAGCAACACAAAGCACAUCUACGCCACCAAAGUCCUUGUGGGAGAUUUCACCACUGGUGCCCAGGGUAUGGUGGUGCCCCCGAAUAAACCCAACAACCCAGAUCAGCUAUACGACAGCGUGGUGGACAACGUGGGCAAGCCCAGCAUAUACGUCAUCUUUCACGAUGCCCAGGCUUAUCCAGAACACCUCAUCAAAUACAAGUAGAUAAAGCAUAACAGCUGCCAGAAAGUCUUUUGCAAUUUCGAUAGAAUUAAGAGUAGAAAUCUAUACGAUUGGUAGCAGCAGCGUAUCAGUCCUUACGGGUGCAGACCAGCAAAUCGACUCCAAUAGACCUCAGUGAUAAUUACGCCUUUCCACCGAAAACUAUUACAAAUACUGGUAUUUGAGACACCCAUCAAAUUAAAGCUCUUUUUAUCAUCUUUCAAUUUCUGUUCAAUAUUUUUUUCCCAAUUAUCCGACGACUUUUGGAAAAGUUCCAUCCAAAGAUGAUUAACCCGAAAAUUAGUCCUGUGGGCCAUCGCCAUUUUGACAAAAUAAUGCCCGCGCUAUUGCAAAAUAGAGCAAUUUUUGGUCCCGAUUUCAUGCGCAUUUUACAGAAAUACAAGCUCACAACUUUCUGUACGGCUUCAACUUAUCUGUGUUUUUGCAAACCGUCAUUUUCAUGGCCCACAAAAUGCUCUAACAGCAAAGAAUUUGAGAGCAUACAAUUUGUGAUUUGGCCCGCGUAGUCAAUUCUGGGCCUAUAAUUAACAUGUUUAAAAGUGAUGACGCCAUAGCAACGACUGUCCAAAACAUAUGACAUUAGAACAGGACUGUACCGGUACUGGUAGUCUAAGGAUUACUACUCGUAAAUGCAUUUAAAUUUGAACGUUAGGUUACCUUGAAGAUAAAGGUUAAACAAAAGGGGGAAAAUUAACCAAAAAUGUAUAUCAAGUUAAAAUAUGUCUGCUCACUAAAUACGAAGGCAGUGCCUUAUUCUGGUUGAGGAGAGAUGUUGUAAAAUAUUCAAUUUAAGGCCAUUGUAUUCCAGAUGACGACAUCAUUAUGUCACUGUGACUUAACAUGUGUUUGCUGCACGCAUGAUUGUCAGUGCUACUGGCCCUUGAACAUUUCAUGAGUGUCUCGUACGUGCGAGUCGGAAUCUUGUUAUUGCUUGAUUUUGACCAUCCGUUGAACCCGGCGGAAGGAAGGGUCUCAAAAAAUCUUAAGUUUAAUUGAUAAUCAUUGUCUGUGUAUUUGAUGAUAUUUUCACGUUGAUAUGUUAGUACUAAAGUGCCAAUAAUAUUUAAAGGAAAUUUGCCUACAACGUAAACAACCUUUAUUAUCGGUGACUGUUUCAACGGCCUUUGGAUUAAAAAGAAAAUGAUUUCCAGUGUCCUAGUUAUUUUGCUUUUAGCAUUAUGUGUACUCAGAAUAUAAGGAUUUAAUUUGCCGAUUAUCCUGACGUAUAGUAGAUAUAGUCCAGUAUAGUUUGGUGUAAACAUAAUCUUACUUGAACAUUUAACUCUGAACAGCGCACUUUGAGAAAAUUAUCAUUACAGUUCUCAUCUUAUUUUCAAAACAUUAUUCAUUGGUUAAAGGUAGGUCUGUACUUAGUUAAUAUUGUACUGAAAUCGUUUUGGUGAGAUCGAAUUAUAUGUUUGGUGCUUCAAGUUGACUUAAAAUUGACAUUCGAUGAUUUGCCAAUAAGGUUUAGGCCAAAAUUGUUAACUACAAAAGAGCACCUAUUUUAAAUAGUUUAGUAAUAUUUUUGAUUGUUUUGUAAAUACUUCUAUUGUGAACUACUAUUUUAAGUAUCCUUCAACAUAUUCGUUGAAACAUUCUUUGCUUCUUUAGAAAAUGAAUCAGUUUUUGGAAGAAUUAUUUUAUAUAAAUGUGCUUAUAAUUGUACAUUAUACUGAAAUUAAUUAUGAUUAUAAUGGAGCUAUCAGCUGCAUCCAGCCGUGUGUCUUUUCAUGCGUUUCCCCUACCGUAUGCUGUCUACCUGUUAUUCAAGAAACUUGCAUUGUAGAGUAGUAGGCUUUUUUAUGGGCGAAAUUUAAAUAUAUAAAUAUAAAUCACUUACUAUUGCUGUAAUUUUUAGAAAUGGAUGGAUUUGGGGGUUAGU